AUGCGGUCUGCCCUGGCGCCAGUGGUGCGGGCGCCCUGGCUGGUGCCCGUCGGCAGGCAGCGCGCGGCGGUGUGCUCGAUCCAUCGGCGCAUCGCAUCGAGCGCCGUAUCCAAAGAUGGGGAAGGCUCGCAGGCCGUGGUGGAGCGCAUCGAGGAGAAAGAGCUGCACAGGGAGGCCUCGGAGUCGUACCUCGCGUAUGCCAUGUCCGUGAUCGUCGGCCGAGCGCUGCCAGACGUUCGUGAUGGGCUGAAACCUGUGCAGCGACGGAUCCUCUAUGCAAUGCAUGAUUUAGGUCUGCAUUCAAGCAAGCCAUACCGCAAGUGUGCCCGUGUGGUUGGGGAAGUGUUGGGAAAGUUUCAUCCGCAUGGAGAUGCAGCUGUUUAUGCCGCCCUUGUGCGCAUGGCUCAAGAUUUCUCAAUGCGGCAACUCCUGGUGGCUGGCCAUGGGAAUUUUGGAUCAAUUGAUAACGACCCCGCAGCAGCCAUGAGAUACACAGAGUGCCGUUUGGAUGGGCUUUCAUCAGACAUGCUCCUUGCAGAUCUUGAGUCCGACACGGUGGAUUUUCUACCAACAUUCGAUGGAGUUCAGGAAGAGCCCACAGUCCUUCCUGCCCGUUUUCCCAAUCUGCUUGUAAAUGGGUCUGCAGGCAUUGCAGUUGGAGUUGCGACUAAAAUCCCACCGCACAACAUGUCAGAAGUGUUGGGUGCCCUGAAGGCUCUUGUUCACAAUCCCAACAUCACCAUUGAUGAACUGAUGGACCACGUUCCUGCUCCUGAUUUUCCAACAGGUGGUGAAAUCCUGUCCACGAGCGGAGUAAGAGAGGCAUACAUGACAGG